CAUUACGCGGCAGCUGAUUCCAACAGUUCGACGCCCGCUAAGAGUUUCGUACCCUGCAAGGUCUGCGGCGAUAAGGCGAGCGGUUAUCAUUACGGCGUUACCAGCUGCGAGGGUUGCAAAGGCUUCUUCAGGAGGAGCAUACAGAAGCAGAUAGAGUACAGGUGCUUGAGGGACGGCAAGUGUCUUGUCAUCAGAUUAAAUCGGAACCGUUGCCAGUACUGCAGAUUCAAGAAGUGCCUAGCUGUCGGCAUGUCCAGAGACUCCGUGAGAUACGGCAGGGUGCCGAAACGCUCGAGAGAACGCGGCCCCGAGGACACGAUGGCGACGACCAUGACGACGACGACGACGACGACGACGAUGGCGGCCAUGGAGAUGCAGCAGCUGACCACGCCCGAUACCGGCAACAACAACGCCAGCAACAAGAACAACAAUAACAACAACAACAAUAACAACAACAACAACAACAAUACCCAGAGCCAGAACGCGAUCUCGCGGGUAUCGUCGGCGGCGGUGGUCGAGGCUGACCAGUCGGACGCUGACGUGAAGCAACUGGCCGUGUACGAUGUGAUUCAUCAGGUGUCGCAGGCUCAUCACGCUCAUUGCGGCUUCACGGAAGAGUCCACCAGGGGCCUCACGAGGAAACCUAUGAUAAUACCGGCGAGUAAUUCUUCGCAGCCCACCAGCCCGGAAGAUCCGGAAGCGGCGUCCUCGACCGCGGAGACGGUCGAGUCGCAGAGGAUCUGGCUGUGGCAGCAAUUUGCCACGAGGGUGACGCCGUCGGUACAGAGGGUGGUGGAGUUCGCGAAACGGAUGCCGGGAUUCUGCGAGCUCUCGCAGGACGACCAGCUGAUCCUGAUCAAGGUCGGCUUCUUCGAGGUGUGGCUCUGCCACAUCUCCAAGAUGACCACCGACAAUUCGAUGACCUUUGAAGACGGCACCUACUUCACUCGCCAGCAGCUGGAACUGAUGUACGAGCUCGACUUCGUGUCCGCGCUGAUGCAAGUCACGUCGUCGCUGAACGCCCAUCAACUGACCGAUACCGAGCUGGGCCUGUUCUCGGCGGCGGUGCUGCUUAACGAGCGACCGGGACUGAACGACGUCAAAGCCGUGCAGAGGCUGCAGGAUCGCGUACUAGAGGCGUUGAGGGUGCAGGCAACGCGGCCCUCCGGCGAAAGUGCCGGCGGCACGGUCACCGCGAUCACCAACGUCUCGCAAAGGAUACCCGAGCUGAGGGCGCUCGGCGCCAGACACGCCAAUCUUCUAGAUUGGUUCCGCAGGAACUGGACGAAGCUCAAGUUACCACCGCUGUUCGCCGAGAUAUUCGACAUUCCCAAGUGCGAGGAGGAUUUGCAAUGAAAAGCAGCCUCCGUAAGCUGCAGCGAGGUAAUUCGAGACCGAUGAUGCCGUGAUGUCGGCCAGAAACUUAAUCGCCCGAGCGCUCACCGAGGCCGUUCUGAAUAUCUAGAAUCGUUCGUUUUAACUCGUAGAGUUAGCGAAACACAUCUAACACGAUCCAACGAGAAGAACAAAUUCGAAUUGCAUGAAGAACGGGCGAUUGAAACGAGGAAUGACGCAUGUGAAGAUCGGCUGUCUAACACAAAGGAUAUAAGAAAAUUAAAGAGAAAAGAAAAGCGAAAACGCGAUUGUCAACGGCAAUUCCUGCUGACUUGUCGCGGGGAAUAUUUCGGUCGCUCAAAAGUUAGCGGGAAAGGAAGCAUUUUCGGCCGAGGGAUCGCGAAAGACGACUUGCUGUACUAGAAAAGAAAGAGAAAGGAGAAAGUUACAGGCGCAAUCGUCGAUUAUCUGAAUAGCGAGAUCAAGCAGCCGACACUAGCGUGAAUUUCUGGUAGCGAUCUUCUAAGGAAUUCCCCCGAUCGAGAACGUCUCGAUCGCUCCAGCGAAUAACAGAAGAUGAUCUCAAGGGAGGAAAAGAUCACCUUUAAAGGGCCGCGCAAGCAAUAAGCUGAAACUUCUCUGUGCAAGCUCCGCGCAAGUUCGGAGGACAAUUCGCAGGUGCAAUUUGCUCAAAUUCAACGGAAAACGGCUUUGUACUAUUCGCCAAGCAAUAGCACACACGCAUUACAGCACGCGCGCGUCUCUGAACGGGCGUAUAUACUUGAAAUACUCAAUCGACGAGGGAGAGAUCUUUCGUGCCGUUUUGCCGUCGCGUCAAGUAAACGGGGAUGGCUGUUUUAACGAGCGUUGCGAUGAGAGAACAAGCACAAAAGCGUAAGUCGAGUCAUGGACGUCCGUUCGUGCUCAAAAAAGAUUCUGGCUUUUAUUUUUUUUCUGUUUCUUUAAAUAAUUCUAAGAUGUAAAGAUAACUAAAAAAUAUAUAUGUAC